AUGAAUACUACAGAAGUCAGAGUGAAAUCACUUCGAACUAAACAAGUAUAUGUGCUGGAAGUUAAUGAGGAUAAUGCCGUGAAAAUGGAAGAUGUUCAUCGCUUUUUUUUAAAUGCAACAGGACUCGGAUAUUUGAAUGAAAAUAACGAAAUUCGCACGUUGAAAGUCGAUGCCGCAUCGCAAAAGAUUUUUCCUCGUACAAACGAACAAUGGGAAACGAAUAUUGAUUAUAUUCCUUGUUAUCCAGAAGCAGCACCUGUUCAAACACCUUCAUCAGCAUCACCACCACGUAGUUGUUUCUCAUUCGACCAAGAUACCAGUAUCUCUGAACUAAUCUACAAAUGUCUAAUCGAUACGUUUAUGUUCCUUUUUAUGAAUAACCGGCGAUUUUCGCAAACCUAUUCUCCAGACGAACGAAUAAAACUUUCAUGUGACCACUAUUUAUCUAACCCAUGGAAUGAUAUAUGUGAUCUUUAUGUUCCUGAACAUGAAUAUGCUAAAGCACCAUUUUGUGCUGCAGAACUUCUUCUUCUCAUUAAUCCACAUAAACAUCUAAAUCAUGAACGUUAUGCUUUUAUUCGUUAUUCUCAAGAUGUUGAAAUGGACUUGCAAAAUAAAUAUCAAAUAUUAGCAAGUGAAUUUUCCAAAGUUCGAGGACAAGUCACAGUUCUCAAGAAAGCUGUUAUCGAUGAACAAACUAAAAAUCAACAAUUUCAAGAAGAAAUCAAUCGACGAGAUCAAAAUAUUCGACGAAAUGGACAAGAAAUCGAAACAUUAACAUUUCUUAACACUCAAUUACAAUCACGUUUAGAAGUUCUUCAGCAGGAAUUGAAGGAAUAUGAAUCACAUUCGAAACUAAAAAAGACAAGUAGCAAUAAAGCCGUCGCGAAUCAUUCGUUUAGCAACAACAUUCUUGCUCAAGAACUCGAACUGAAAAUCCAACAGUUUGAAGCGAUGCAUCGUCGGGUUUAUGAGUUGGAAAAACAAAUAUCGGACACCGAAACUGAGCGCAUGAACCAUCGUACAAAUAUCGAACAGUUACAAAAUCAAAUGGCAGAAAUGCAAGAAAGUCAUCAACGAGCUCGAGAUGAAUAUGAACGCAUAUUAAAACAGGUAAAACAUGAAAAUGAACUACUCAAUGAUCAAGUCAAACAACAUUUAACUGAUCCGCCGACAAAUGCAGUUGUUAGUCGCAAAUCGUCAAUUUUAAACGCUCAAUCGAAAACGACAACUGAAGCUUCUUCUAUUCCUCAACCAGAGAUACUUUUAUACAAAUAUUUAAUCGGAUGGCGAGAUGCAUUUACAGAAUUGACGAUUUAUAUCGAAGAACGACUCAAAAACAACGAUCGCGCUUCUGAAAACAAUGAAAAAAUGGCCCAGACAGUGAAAGCUUUUCAGCAACACGCCGAGAAUUUUUUAGCCGAAUUAAAAAUUCGUUUUUUCGAUGGACAGUGCUUAUUGGAGAAUAAUAACACAAUAGGUUUUGCCGAAUUAUUUAGCAUGUUCGUUUCAUCAUGCGAGAAAGUCCUUGCUUUUGCCAUAAAAAGUGUUUGUGAUGAACCAACAGUAAGUUCUUCAUCGGGAAAUCAAGACAAAGUUUAUGAGAAAAUCAAUGCACUGAACAGUGUACUCAAUCAACUAUUCCAAAAAUGGGCUAGUAACUUAUCNUAA